GUCCAUUCAAGAACAGAAAAUUAAAUGGCUCACUACUUUACUAGUCUUUCUAAUUAUGUUACUUAACAUACACUGACUUUAUAUUACACAGGAAAUAGAAGAAUUCUGAGAACAAAGAAUGCAGAAAUUGUCUAUAAACCAGACAGGCAGAGGGACCCAGCAGAGACUAGCAAAGGCUAUAAGUCAUCACAUUCCACGGAAACAUCCGGAUGAAACCAGAUGAAAAAGCCCUUCAGCAAUACUCCUAAACAAGCUGGGGCUACUGAACUCAGGAACACAGCAAGAAGUUAUAUUUGAAAUAUGGCUCACAGUGACUUCCUCUACCCAGAUAACCCAAGGAGAAGGCAAGAAGUCAACCGUCUUCACCAGCAGCUUCUUGACUGCUUAUCUGAUAGCUUCAACGCCACCAAUAAGCUCAUUGGGGUUUUAAACAUGCACUUGCGGUGCAGCCUGGCCUCCAUUGAGAUGAAAAGAGAUGGGACCAUCAAGGAAAACUGUGAUAUCAUCAUCCAAGCCAUGAUGGAAAUCCAAAAAGAAUUGCAAAAGGUUGAUGAAGCACUGAAAGAUAAACUAGAGCCAACCCUUUACAGAAAACUUCAGGAUAUUAAAGAAAGGGAAACAGAGAAAAUUGCAAUAGUACAAAAGGUCAUUUCAGUCAUCCUGGGAGAAGCUACUUCUGCAGCCAGUGCAGUGGCUGUCAAACUUGUGGGCUCAAAUGUCACAACUGGCAUAAUUAACAAGUUGGUCACCGUGUUAGCUCAAAUUGGCGCUUCUCUCCUUGGUAGUAUAGGGGUUGCUGUUCUUGGCCUUGGCAUAGAUAUGAUUUUCCGUGCUAUCCUGGGAGCAGUGGAGAAAACACAGCUUCAAGCAGCCAUUAAAAGUUAUGAGAAGCAUCUGGUGGAAUUCAAGUCAGCUUCAGAAAAAUAUCAUCAUGCCAUUACCGAAGUCACCAACAUAGUGAAACACCAAAUGAAAUAAACAGCCACUGUGCCACUUCUGCUUCUCAACAACAGUGUUCUGCUUCUUUGAUUAGGUUCAUUUUCUGUACGUUUCCAACAUGGACAUAAAUACAGUUAACAACGUGGAAAGAUGGUUUAGAGAUGCUGAAACUAGAUGCCUCUAGAGUUUUGUAUCAACAAUGAAUGCCUAAAUCAGCUGGUGCUAGACCCUGUGGGGUAAAAUUAUAUCCCAGGAUACCUUCUUACACUGCUGUACCAGAUCAACAUUAGGUUUAAUGCUACUGUAGGAGAGCAGGUGUAAGGGUUACCUUUUCCUUUUCUAAUUCCUCAAAUCUUUAAAAUUUACACUGACUUUUGUUUCUACUACUAGCUUCAGACAUCAUUUAGUUCUAAGGCGAUGUACUUGGUAACUGCUGCCUAGACAAACUGUGACCUUUGAAUGAAAUAGAAAUGCAACCAUAAUUUUGUUCAUCAGGUUAAAUCCAAUUGUCUAUAAACUGGAAGAGACUGAAAUAUGGUUUUGCAACAAUCCAAUCAUGAAAGAACACAAUGGUUCUUUACCUUCUACUAAUCACACGCUAUAACCUGGAUGGAUUUUUUAAAAGAUAAAAGUUAAAACUAAAAAGAUAAAGGCUCUGUUUCUAUAAUGGCAAUCAACCCUGACCAACUGUGGUGUGAUGAUUAAAUUAUCCCUCAUGUGAACGUGUGAACCCUCUGGAACAUUUAAAAAGAAAACAUGUAAACCCCAGCUACACUUACAUAACAUGCAUUUAGGAUGCAGGGGAGGAAGCUGUUACUCUCUUAAGAAUUUGUCACUUUGUCAUUUAAAGGAGAGUCAUAAUUUUUAUUACCCUGAGUUUUCAGAAAAAUGAAAUUUCAUUUUCAAUACUAUCAGAAUGGAAGCUACCUCUGCUACAUAAAACGUUAGGUGGCCCAUUUCAUUAAUUACCUGAUUUCAGAAAAAUCCAGAGGUUGAGGCCUAAUGGUUCAGUUAAUUUCUACAGACACAAGUGUUUUUUCGCCAAUAACUACCCAUUGAGACUCUUAGGUUCUAGUCACAAAAUUAUUAAUAAGUUGUUGAUGCAAGAAUGUGUUUGUUACAGUUUAUUUUUUGCAUAAAAGAAAUGUCUUGAGAUUUUAAAAUCUCAUCAUGUCCCCAAAAUUAAAAAGCUAGAUGAAAUAC